AUGGGGGAGCCCGCCACCGCCGUGAGCCAGCUGCUGGGAGCGACCCGCGAGGCGCAGCUGCUGCAGAGCUUCUUAGGGGUCAGCCUGGCAGCCGACGCCAACGAGGCUGCCGUCGGCGUCGACAAGAAGAGGGCUGUCAGCUUCAAGAGGGCGGCCGCCGCCGCGGUGGCGGUGUCGGCGCCGCCCCCGCCGCCUCCAGACGCAUCGGCACCUCCGAUACCCGCCGCUGCGGCGGACCAGUCCACAGAAGACCAGGUGGAGGAGGAGGAGGCGGAGGAGGAGCAGCAGGAGCAGGCGUCGUCCCGCAAGGUGCUGAGCCCGUUCGCGCAGAUCCUGCGCGAGAUCAAGCUGCGCACGCUGCACCAGCAGCAGUCGCGGCCCCGCCAGCGGAGGACGCGCGCCGCGCCCUACGAGGAGCUGUACACCGACAAGGACCGCGCCGCCGCCGUCAGCAUCGGCUCCGACGACAUCAAGGCGUCGCUCAAGGAGAAGAAGAGCAAGGAGCGCGCCGGCGACGCCGCCGCAGCCGCCGCCGGGGGCGUGUCGGCCGACCCGGGCGCCCUGCUGGCGCUGGCCGGCCGCGAGAUGAGGGCCGGCAGCCCGCGCGUCGCGCUGCGCUUCGUCCACAAGGCGCUGGAGCUUCGGCCGGAGGACAAGGGCGCGCUGGUGGCGCGCAGCAAGUGCUACCUGCUGCUGGGGCAGCCGCAGCUGGCGCUGCAGGACGCCGAGGCGGCGCUGCGGAGCGAGAUCGUGCGGUGCUCGGCCAUCUUCCAGAAGGCGGAGGCGCUGUACCAGCUGGGCGACUUCGAGCACAGCCUGAUGUACCACCACCGAGGCCUGCGCCUGAGGCCUGAGCUCGACGGAUUCCGUCUGGGCGUCCAGAAGGCGCAGCAGGCCAUCCAGAACACCAUCGGCGGGAAGACGCUGCUGCUCACGCCGGAACCGCCCGAGCCGCCUCCGGCGCUGUCGCAGACGCCGCCAGACGACAGCAGGCAGGAGACGGCGGCCACGUCGGUGCCGAGCUCGGGCCGGCCGGCGUCGGGCAGCGCCUGCACGGGGGACCCCGCGGCGCGCCGUCUGCUGGGCGCGCUCUGCGUCGACAAGCAGUACCUCGAGCAGCUGCUCCAGAACCCCGAUAUUAAAUGCCUGCGUCAAGAAGCUGCGAGUCACAUCUUGACGGAGGCGGAGGAAGGCAUCGAAUUCCUCAAGACCAGAGAAGAAUUCUGGCGACAGCAGAGGCCUAUACAAGUGAACAACAAAAAGAAGAAGAAGCAUUAGAAGUAGAUGUACCUGGUCACGACACGCACUGAAUUCUGUAAACUUAGUGUACAGUUUUCACCUUAGCUGGACCGAACCUACAGACUCAGAAGAUUCGUAAAGUGUUUGCAAGAGUUCUCCAUAAUGAUGACUGAUGUUUCAUUUUCGAUAUUCCAUUCCAGAGAUUUCUAGACGGUAUUAAGAAGAACGGAUGUUCUCUUGAUCUUUAUGUCUGAUUCCAACAAGGAAUCUGUAUGUAACGGUUACGUAACUAUCUACAUUCGUAUGGUGGUAGUGGAUUUUCUUAGCAUCGAGUCAGUUUCCACACAUUGAUGUUAAAGGAACUCAGUAAUUGAUAACUGCUGACUUUUGCGUGUUCGUUCGAUGAAUAACUACGCACUUGAUGUAGGAGCUUCCAUGAACGCCAGUCGAAAGACAAAAUGUCAUGAUACUAAAUUGUUUCUUGUCAAUCUUCCAAACGUACAAAUAUUUAAGUACUAAU